CCACUCUCCAAACUUUCACCAAACUCUUGGCCCCCGCCUCCCCGAAACCAAAACACAACAAGCUCUAGAGGAGCCGCGAGCGCAGCAGCGGGGCGGGCGGACUCGCGGCGGCACUGAGCCUCGGGAGGCUGAUGCAACUUUCCCUUUAAGAAAGCCACCUGGGCGCACCGCGGUGCGGACCCAGCACGCCUGGGCCGGGGGCUGCAGCAUGCUCUUGAGGUCUGUGGUCUGAAAGGUGCUGGAAGCAGAGCCUGUGAGCGUGGUCCAGGACUCCAGGGCCCCCCCAACCUGCUGCUGCCAUGGUAGGAAAAGGUGCCAAAGGGAUGCUGAAUGGUGCUGUGCCCAGCGAGGCCACCAAGAGGGACCAGAACCUCAAACGGGGCAACUGGGGCAACCAGAUCGAGUUUGUACUGACGAGCGUGGGCUAUGCCGUGGGCCUGGGCAAUGUUUGGCGCUUCCCAUACCUCUGCUAUCGCAACGGGGGAGGAGCCUUCAUGUUCCCCUACUUCAUCAUGCUGAUUUUCUGCGGGAUUCCCCUCUUCUUCAUGGAGCUGUCCUUCGGCCAGUUUGCAAGUCAGGGCUGCCUGGGGGUCUGGAGGAUCAGCCCCAUGUUCAAAGGUGUGGGCUACGGCAUGAUGGUAGUGUCCACGUAUAUCGGCAUCUACUACAACGUGGUCAUCUGCAUCGCCUUCUACUACUUCUUCUCGUCCAUGACGCAUGUGCUACCCUGGGCUUACUGUGAUAACCCCUGGAACACGCCUGACUGUGCCGGGGUGCUGGACGCCUCUAACCUCACCAAUGGCUCCCGGCCCGCCGCCCCGCCAGGCAGCCUCUCCCACCUGCUCAACCACUCCCUCCAGCGGACCAGCCCCAGCGAGGAGUACUGGAGGCUGUACGUGCUGAAGCUCUCAGAUGACAUUGGGAACUUCGGGGAGGUGCGACUGCCCCUCCUUGGCUGCCUCGGUGUCUCUUGGGUGGUGGUGUUCCUCUGCCUCAUCCGAGGGGUCAAGUCUUCAGGGAAAGUGGUGUACUUCACAGCCACGUUUCCCUACGUGGUGCUGACCAUCCUGUUCGUCCGAGGUGUGACCCUGGAAGGAGCCUUCACUGGCAUCAUGUACUACCUGACCCCCCAGUGGGACAAGAUCCUAGAGGCCAAGGUGUGGGGGGAUGCUGCCUCCCAGAUAUUCUACUCGCUGGGCUGUGCCUGGGGAGGCCUCAUCACCAUGGCUUCCUACAACAAAUUCCAUAACAACUGCUAUCGGGACAGCAUCAUCAUUAGCAUCACGAACUGUGCCACCAGCGUCUACGCCGGCUUCGUCAUCUUCUCCAUCCUGGGCUUCAUGGCCAAUCACCUGGGUGUGGACGUGUCCCGUGUGGCUGACCAUGGCCCUGGCCUAGCCUUCGUGGCUUACCCGGAGGCCCUCACCCUGCUGCCCAUCUCCCCACUCUGGUCCCUGCUCUUCUUCUUUAUGCUCAUCUUGCUGGGGCUGGGCACUCAGUUCUGCCUCCUAGAGACGCUGGUCACAGCCAUUGUGGACGAGGUGGGAAAUGAGUGGAUCCUGCAGAAAAAGACCUACGUGACCUUGGGUGUGGCCUUGGCUGGCUUCCUGCUGGGCAUCCCCCUCACCAGCCAGGCAGGCAUCUACUGGCUGCUGUUAAUGGACAACUAUGCGGCCAGCUUCUCCUUGGUCAUCAUCUCCUGCAUCAUGUGUGUGUCCAUCAUGUACAUCUAUGGGCACAGGAACUACUUCCAGGACAUCCAGAUGAUGCUGGGCUUCCCACCGCCCCUCUUCUUCCAGAUCUGCUGGCGCUUUGUGUCUCCAGCCAUCAUCUUUUUCAUUCUCAUUUUCACCGUGAUCCAGUACCGGCCAAUCACCUACAACCACUACCAAUACCCAGGCUGGGCUGUGGCCAUCGGCUUCCUGAUGGCUCUGUCCUCCGUCAUUUGCAUCCCCCUCUAUGCCCUGUUCCAGCUCUGCCGCACAGAUGGGGACACGCUCCUCCAGCGUUUGAAAAAUGCCACAAAGCCAAGCAGAGACUGGGGCCCCGCCCUCCUGGAGCACCAGACUGGGCGCUAUGCCCCCGCCAUCCCACCCUCUCCUGAAGACGGGCUUGAGGUCCAGCCGCUGCACCCGGACAAGUCCCAGAUCCCCAUGGUGGGCAGUAACGGCUCUAGCCGCCUGCAGGACUCCCGGAUAUGAGCACAGCAGCCCGGGGAGGGCC